AUGUCUAUGCAGGAUACCGCCUCAAGAAUCUUCCCUAAACCCCUAACUCUACUUCGGGAUCGCAGCGAUAGCCUUCUGGAAGACACAACGGAUGAUGCGAACGCUGAGCACCAGGGGUCACAUCCCAUCAACUAUCCUGAAAACACGAAUGGUGGCCCCAACGUCGCAUGCAGACAGUCAAACACCGCAGCCUUCGUCAAGAAUUCAGAAAACUUAGUCGGAUCGGAAGAUGGGGAGCUAGACGUUCACCGCUCUCUUCGGGAAACAACAGGCAGUGCUGCAGCUGAACGUAAGGCCUUCACCGUCCCUGAAGUCGAUCCUGUCCACCUUCGAACCCGAAUCAACGAAAUUUAUCAGGCACACCCCAUCGGACUUCACCAAGAAGGUUAUUAUGUGCCAGACAAAGAGCUCCGCGAGCUGCUCAACAAAGAAACAAUCAGAGGAGCCAUGGGCGAAGGUGUUGACGAUAAGCUUGUACAUUUCGUGCUAGAGAAAGCACCCAAGACCUUUGCAACUUUGCAGCUAGUUUUCUCCAAACCAAAACAGCGAAAUCAGGCCAUGGAAGCAUUCCAGAAUAGAGGCUUUACCGACGAAGGGUUAGAUUCAAAGAAUCUGGUUGUAUGCGAGUCAUCCGCAUGUCCACAACCCAAUGAACCACAAACCGACGAACGACAAGUAAGCAAGCAUUGCUCGCAUUUCUUCCCGCAUUCCUUCUCGCACAAAAAACUCUGGGAUAAUGAGAUACUCGGACACUUCAAGACGCGUAGAUGGAUAUUUCUCGUUCCUACUCUUGACCACAUGCAGUUUCGCUAUGAAUUUGAUCCACAACGACUAUUACCAUUCAAAGUCAGGGGCGACUCAAAAAAAUCUAGCUCGGGCAACUUCAGUGAUGUCAUUUGCGUCGACAUGCUCGCUGAAAAACAAACAAAAUUCGAACUGUCCCUACCCGAGACGAUCCCGGUUGCUCACAAGACUCUACGUCCAUUGGAUGUACCGAGAUACGACAUUCACACAGAGUGGUUACGUGAAGCAGAAGCCCACAGACAACUUAACGGCAUCAAUGGUCACCUCGUAGAGGGUAUUGCCGCUUAUCGUCGCGUCGCCAACAGCACGGCUAACGACACCUACCACAUCGUCUUAGAAUGGGCCGAUGGCGGUAAUCUAUUCAGCUUUUGGAACAAAGAUACUGAGCCCCAGUUGGAUGGAAACACUGCAAGAAGUCGCGAACGUGUCCACCUGUUACUUAAGCAGCUCUGUGGACUUGCUCAUGCAGUUGAAAGUAUGCACAGCAUGCGCACUGGCACUACAACAUCUUCGAUACAGAGCACUGGUGACCUAUCAGAAUGCCAGCAUGGAGAUACUGUGGUCACACCAACUGACGGAUCGUCAGCGCCGGCAGUGAAUAUUGAAGCACCUGCUGAGGAUAGUCCUAGCCAGGCACGUCAUCCUGGCCCAGCCAACCUCAGCCCAGAUAGCCAAGACGCAAGACUAUCCCCACCAGAUUCUGCCCCUAGACACCAUUCACGGAGAGCUUCAGACGCAAAGAAUUGGAGGCAUGGAGACAUCAAGCCAGAGAACAUACUCCGCUUUACAGGGGGCGACAAUUUAGCAUGGCUUGGUACCCUGAAGUUGGCAGAUCUCGGGAGAGCACAACAACACGACCUUGUGACUGCGCUAAGAAGUACCAUCGAGAAGGAAAGAUGGAGGACUCGGUGGUAUGAGCCACCAGACUUGUCCGAGGAUCUUCACCAGCAGGCCCACGGAAAGAUUUCUCGUCUGUUCGACAUCUGGUCCAUGGGUUGCGUUAUGUUCGAAAGCGUAAUCUGGCUUCUGUAUGGUUCAAGUGAGAUCACAAGGUUUCAAAAGAUUGAGACGCUCACUGCUGCCACACCGUACUGGAGGAAGAUACGUAUCGGUAGCUACCAGGUUACCGAGAGGGCGUCUUUGUGGAUGAAGCACAUUCUGAAACAUGAUGCAAAGCAACCCAGUGCUAUUGGAGACGUAGUGAAGCUUAUCAGGGACAGGUUACUGCAAGUCGGCCUACCCCUUGAUUCGGAUGUAUAUACGGCAGGGAAGAGGACCAAUGCGAAGGACAUGAGGAAACAAUUGGCGCGAAUUCUGGAAAGGGCAUCUCGCGAGCCUGAGUAUCUUUUCGACGGCAUCGACAAAUUUGGAUCAAAUCCUCCACCCGGAGACGUCUCCACCCCGAUCCGACAGUUCAAUACAUCCCCCGACUAUCUGCCUGUCCCAACAGAAGGGCGGUCAGCGGAUAAGCCGGUACCGGUAGGGCAUCGCACCAGGAUUGAGGAUGAGAGAGUCUAUACUGACAGCAUGACCGAUAUCUGGCAGUAUCCUGAUGAUGAUCAUUUUGCAAAACGAAUGAUUAAUCAAGACCAAAUCCCCAACGAGGACGAUUUGUGCGAUCAUUGUGAAAAGAUAGACAUCAAAUCCUCAGAAUUGGUCUUCAAUAGGUCAAGCCUAGAAACUGAUUGCGAACAGUGUGCAUUCUGUCACUUGGUGAAAAAGGCUAUUGACAAGGUUAAUCUCCCACAUGGCGAUCAUAUCCGCCUUGAGCGGGACUCUGACAGUUUUGUCGCAUAUGGAUUGGAUGGAUCUAAGCUCAAGAUCCUUCGAGUGUGUUGUACAGAUCGAGAAACAAGCGACUGUCAGAAAGAUGUGCCUAUAGGUGCUCCCAGCCUGUACAAUCCACCAGGUGAACCCAACGCUGCCGACGCAUUCAUGAGGCUACCGAGAGAGUGGCUGAAAGAGUGUGAUGAUAAACAUGGCAAAAUCUGCGCGGCGACAAACGACAAAACUCAGCUACCCACAAGGCUGGUUCACCUUCAGAAAUGGCAGCCGAAGAUUAUUGACUCAGCAACUAUCGACGUAUCUAAGGGUGUACGCUAUAUCGCCUUCUCUCAUAAAUGGGGCAAGAUGCCAGAAGACGCUUUGACCACCAAGGCCAACCUACCGGCACGCAAUAAAGUGAUACCUAAGAACAGUAUUCCUCCGAGCUUUGCCGAUGCGAUUGCGAUCACGAAAGCACUUGGGUGCAAUUACUUGUGGAUCGAUUGCCUCUGCAUCAACCAAGGGGAGGAUGGCGAUUUUGCAGAGCAAGCUGUCUCCAUGCAAGCUGUCUUCAGCAACGCUUACUGUGUUAUCGCGGCUGCAAGUGCAGGUGGCGCUGUUCAUGGGUUCCUGAAGCGAGACAUCGAAUCACAUCCUCUCCGUGCAGUCAAAGUGGGGAGCGUGUACUUCUCGGCAGUGACAAACGACUUCAGCAGAGACGUGCUCCAAAGCCCCUUGAACACUAGGGGCUGGGUGCUACAGGAGCGUGCACUAGCCCGUCGAACCAUCUUUUUUACGGCGAACCAGAUGUACUGGGAAUGUGGGGACGGUAUACGCUGCGAGACGUUACGAAAGUUGAAGCACGAUGAGAUCGCUUUCCUUGGCGAUGCACACUUUCCCAGCAAGACGAUUAGGCCUGAAAGUACGCGAGGCGAACAGAUACACCUCUGGACUGCUUUGUUCAAGCAAUACACCAGGCUUGAAUUUUCGCACAAAGAGGACAGAUCUGUCGGGAUACAAGGCUUAAUGGACCGCCUCACUGCUACCUUCGGGAAACGCAGCCACGCUGGACUUUUCGAAGCCUUCUGGGGCCGUUGUCUGCUGUGGCAUCGUGCAAAAGACGGACCACCACUCACAUGGAUACCUGCUGGUGAACAUACGAAGAAGCUACCACCCAGUUGGUCGUGGAUGGCUGUAUAUGGACCUAUCGACUUUCUUAAGCCAGAAGGCGGGCAAGUAGAAUGGAAUACAGGUGUCGUACUGCCAUUCCCGAAGCAGUCCCUUGGUUCUUCUCUUCAGCCAAAUCCUCAGCCUCUACCCACCGCGAAUGGCAAUGCAACAGGCGAUACAAUCCGCGCGACAGCGUUCAAUCUCAAGGCUGGGAUCAAACACACAGACAACGCGACCCUCUCCUAUGAUGAUGGUAGGGAACAUAUCGAUGGAGCAGUGCGGUGCGUUAUAGUUGCUACCACGAUGGACAAGGCCAACCACUAUAUACUGCUGAUCUCGUCAGCUGUACAUACGACCGACGCGACACAUGAGCGCGUUGGCGUCGGGUACUCGUCAGAAGAGUUCAUCGAUCGAACAAGCGGUGUCGAGGUCGUCAUUGGAUAG